AUGUUGAAAAACAACAUUUUUAUCAAUAACUUUAAAAUAUUAAAUGUUGAUCCAACUGCAUAUUAUAUACCUGAAUUCAUAACACCAGAUGAAGAAAAGCAUCUUCUUUCAAAUAUUUACAGUGUACCAAUUCCAAAAUGGACUCAACUUUCCAAUAGAAGAUUACAAAAUUGGGGUGGGAUUCCUCAUAGCAAGGGCAUGAUAGCUGAAGAAAUACCACAGUGGCUGCAAACAUAUCUUAACAAAAUACAUGAAUUGAAUUUAAUGAAUGGAAAUAAGCCUAAUCAUGUGCUAGUAAAUGAAUAUUUACCUAAUCAAGGGAUUUUACCACAUUUAGAUGGAUCCUUAUUCUAUCCAACCAUAACUACUGUAUCUAUUGGUUCUCAUACUGUCUUAAAAUUUUUUGAACCCAUAUCUACAGAAAAUGUAUCACUAAAACCAACAUUUUCAAUACUUCUAGAACCUAGGAGCUUAUUAGUUUUACAAGAUAAGUUGUUUCAUUAUUAUUUACAUAGUAUAGAAGAGAAUGGGGCAAUUUCUAGUAGAAUUCUUGUAAAAUUUUAUAGCACAGGUAGUGAUGGAGAGAAGUAUGAAAAAGAGGGAGUUGAAUGCCAGGGACAAGAUGCUAGUUCUGGCGACAAUAAGGAUGGCCUGGUGCUCGGCGUGUACGAGACAGAUAAAAAGUUGGAGCUCUCGCCCGCCGCUGCGGAGGUCGAUCAGAAAAGCGGCGGCAAAAUUAGCAGAUAUUUGAAUGAGAUAUCCAGUCGCCUGAAGCCUGGCAAAGCGUUUGUAGUGACCGACGUGGUGCCAGAGUUCGGUCCCGUCGCGAUAUCAGCUCUGGGCCCGAAGGACGCCGGCUACAACGAGCUGGAGGCCUUGGACGAAAGCCGGGAAAACGUGCGCGUGAUGGCGGGCGCGGGCGUGCGCGCGCUGGCGGCGCGCGGCGCCGCGCGCGUGGCCGUGGACGGCGCCAGCGCGCCCGACGCCGCCGCGGAGGCGGCGCAUCUGGCGGCUUGGAGAUUCGAAGAGUUCAAAAGCGACAAGCAGCCAGAGACCCAACUGUACCUGUACGGCGCGGGCGGGGGCGAGGGCGGGGGCGAGGGCGGGGGCGAGGGCGGGGGCGGGGGUGAGGGCGAGGGCGGGGGCGGAUGCGAGGGCGGGAGCAGGUGGGCGGCGGGCGCGGUGUACGGGCGCGCGCAGAACUGGGCGCGUUACCUCUCAGAUAUGCCUGCUAACAAGAUGACCCCCGUAGAUUUUGCCCAAGCGGCGCUGGACACGCUGUGCCCGCUGGGCGUGCAGGUGGCGGCGCACGAGCGCGAGUGGCUGGCGGCGCAGCGCAUGCGCGCGCUGCUGGCCGCCGCCGCCGGCGCCGCCGCGCCGCCACUGCUGCUGCACUGCCGCUACUCCCCGCCCGCCGCCGCCGCCGCCCUGCCGCCCGUGCUGCUCGUCGCGCAGGGGACCACGUUCGACAGGUCACUUGUCACCUGUUACUUUGACAGUAACCAGUACCACGAGGGGCGGUCCCGAGGGCGGUUCUAUGUA